CUCGAAAAUGCUUUGAUAAGUUUGUUUUGCCCUCCCAUAAUACUGAUUUGGAUCUUGAUGUAAAUGGAUGCGUUCCACGAGGACAACAUUAAAAUUCCUCUCGGAUCCAAACACCUAGAUGCCAUCUUAAGCAUCCCAGCCAAAGUGAAGGAUGUACGAACUGCAGUUGUUCUCACACACGGAGCUGGGGGAGACAUGAAUUUCAGGCAUCUGGUGUCCCUCGCAGGUGUUCUCGCUACGACUGGUCUGCUCUGUUUGCGCUUCACGUGUAAAGGUCUAAACCUUGUCUACAGAGUAAAGGCGUAUAAUGCCGUCGUGGAAUAUUUGCAAAACCUAAAGAAGUUCACCCUAAAGCAUAUUUUCCUCGGUGGCCGCUCGAUGGGCUCUCGGGCUGCUGCGGCCGUGGUGAAACAGCUGACCGAGAGGGCAGAGGAUGCCGUGCAGGGCCUGAUCUGUCUGUCCUUUCCGCUGCACCCUCCUGGACAGGCACACGCCUACCACAAGCGCACUGAGGACCUCAUGGGGCUGACGCAAACACCUGUGCUGUUUGUCUCGGGCACUGCUGACGACAUGUGUCCUAAGGAUCUCCUUGAAGAUGUAAGAAAGCAGAUGAAAGCUCCAACUACUGUUCACUGGGUAGAAGGGGGAUGCCAUGGGUUAGAAGUGAAAGGAAGGCCUGAAGAAGCCGUCCUGGAGGAAGUGAACUCUUGUGUCACCACCUGGAUUUUGGAUCACAUUUGACACCCUUCACUGUACUGGGCUUGAGGACCGUGGUUACCAGUCUGUUUCUAAAUUACAAAGCCAACAUAGGAUCAUCUGUCACUGUGUUUCAACUGCUUGUGCUGGGAAAAGUGAAAAGAAAAAAAAAGCCCUCUUAUAAUGUAAUCAUUUAGGAAACACGAAUAUGGCAGUUUCUACUUAGGAACAAGGCUGU